AUGACACAGCUCUUAAACUUACCGAUCGAGCUAGUGCAACUGAUAAUCGAUCAUCAAGAAUAUCAACGUGACAUAAACGCUCUCAUCCGCACCUGUCGCUACCUUUAUAAUACUUUCAAUGUGUCCCUCUAUCAAUAUGACCUAAAACACCGCAACCGCUCAGUGUUGUUCUGGGCCGCCAAGCGCGGUAUCGAUGGCGCGGCUGCAAACUCGUUGAAGGCAGGGCCAUAUACCGAAGUGACGGAUAUGACUGGAGAGACGCCGCUGACAAUAGCUGCCACGCGAGGACACUUGGGUGUUAUGAAGCAGCUGCUCACGGUUGUUGACCACGGGCUUGAUCUCGACACAAAAGGCCUGUAUGAUCGAACCGCAUUGGCAUCAGCAGCUUGCUACGGACAAACAGAAGCAGCCAAGUUGUUACUUGAGCGGGGCGCGGACCGUGAAGCAAAAGACAUGGAUAGGAAGACACCUUUGCUAUUGGCCGCGUUGAACGGUCACGACGACACUGUCAGGUUAUUUCUCGAUUAUGAAGCUGCGGUAGAGGCACAGGACCAGCAUGGCCGAACAGCACUCUCCUGGGCUGCAGAGCACGGAAGCCUCAGCAUCGUUGACCUCCUGUUGGGCCAGGGAGCGGUUGUUGAUACUAGGACAAUUAACGAGAGUACCCCGCUGAUUCUUGCGGUGCGAACUGGACGCGAGGCAGUGGUCAAGAGAUUGCUUAUGGCUGGAGCGGAUCCGAAUGCUAGCAGUUCCAACGGAUGGACUGCGCUGCAUCACGCGGCAUACAAUCUCCAGGGACAAGUGGUUAAGCAUUUGUUAGAGGCAGGAAGUGACCCGAGGGCUACAAUUUUGCACAAUGUACACCAGGACAAGACACCGGCUGACCUAGCCCGCAUGGCUAUGGUGAGUACGUCCGAGAAGAAUGCGGUCUAUGAGAUUCUCAUGACCGCUGCUGGAGACAGUUCUUUGGGAAGUGCCAACACCGAAUGA